GACAAAGGAAGCUGGAAAUUGUUAUUGUCUUUAACUUAAUUUCAAAUGUUUACAAAGUUUUUUAAGGUGUUGAGUGAUUCAUCUUACCAAUAGACCAUCUUUAACUGUAGUUACGGUCCUCGCGUCACUGAGCAGACUGAGCGGAGGCAGGAGACAGUAGCUGCUGCUGACUUUAUUUAUUUACAGGUAGUUAGCCCACUGUUAGCGCUAGCGACCUGCUAGCUAGGAAACGGUUAAGUUAGCUAUUUAUCUAGUUAGCAGUUAACGUUUGUGGUUUUGCUUGUCAAACCUUUCAGUGGAUACUUUCAAGAAUUUUCCAUAUUUUACUUUACUAUAACUAUUCCAGCAGAAGCCAGCUGAAGAGGAGGAACUUAACCUAGCUAAGAUGUCCAUGGACAACAGAAAGAGACCAGCAGGUUCCUCGAACUCUGGGAACUUUGUUCACUGGUCCUCCUCGUUUCCGCGGCAGCCAGCCAGGGUCCUGAUUGUGGAGGCACUACCACCCUGGUGGUCAGACACCUGUAUGGUGCUCUGUGAUGCUCUAGAUAACUUCCUGUCCCUGGCCUGUAGUCUGGAAGGACCCUGUAGGAUACCACUACUCAGCCUGUACGCCAUCAGCAGGCAGCAGGAAUGUCUACUGCCAUUUGUGCAGGUUCGAGGUAAUCUGGCCAGGCUGCGUUCCUGUGUGGAGGAGCUGAGGUCUAUUCCAGGUGAAGGCUGCAUCAGAGGAGCAGCCAGAAGAGGCGAGCUUCUGCGACAGGCAGUGCUGGACAGUCUGCAGCAGUUUAAACAGUACAUCAGGCAUACCAGUACUGGCAACCAGGCUAGCAACAAUACAUCUGUGGAGGUUACUGUGGUGACGAGCCAGCCAGGUCAGGGCAUUGUGCGCCAGUUCGAGAUGGGACUUAAAGAUGUUGACCCGGUGUCACUGAAGCGCCUCCUGGUAGUACAGAUCUGUAGACCAGCAGAUUGGGGCCAGGACAACCCCUCACCUGAAGCCACGCCCACUGACACUGAAGACUGUCUGAUGUUGAGAACGGAGGUCGACCUGCAGCGGGUGGAAAACAGUGUUUUCGCCAUGGAGACAGUGUUGAAGGCGUGGCUUCAAGAGCAGGGAGGUGACAGAGAGCACCUCCACCUCCUGCUGCCCAGCACCCUGGACAAUCCCAUUCCAGUGUGUGUGAAGUGUGACAUGCAGGAGCGUCUGAUAAGCCCUGCCCUCAUCUCCCUGAACAACAACCUGGGAGUGAAGACCGAGAGUGUCCGGGACUUCCUGCCUGUCACUAAGGGAUCAGCCAAUCAAAGCCCACCACCACGGAGACUGAAAGCAAUCAAGACUCUGCGUGCAGACGGAGUGUGUGAGAGUGUGUUGUACGGCCUGCCGCUGGUGAUCCGCCCAACCACCUGCUGGCAGCUGGACUGGGAUGAAAUGGAGACGAACCACAACUUGUUUCACGCUCUCUGCCACACACUCAGGAGUCGUGACUUGUUCCUGCUGCUGCAGGUGGAGCAUGCACAGAGGUCUACAGCUGGAGGUUCAGGUGUGUAUUCUCACUAUGUCCUCCAGCCAUCCCCAUCUCUCUCGCUCCUUCUGAAGCCGGUGGUCUCCAGAGAGCUGCUGCUGCCCUGCUCACUGCCUGUCUCAACUCAGGAACCUGCACCUGAUGCUAUGCAGGUCAUACAGGCCUGUCUCACUCAGCUGGAUGAGGAGUUUGUGUUCAACCCUCUCUCUCUGAGCAGUAACUUGUACCAGCACCUCAGGAGUAGAGGCCUGCUCUCACAGCCACGAUACCCAUACAGGCUGCUGCCAGCAGCUGCCCACAGAGACCAGUCUCAACCACUAGAGGGUCCUAAAACCACAGGCAGCAGACAGCCACAGCAGCCACAAAACCAGGGUCGCCAACUGGGAACGAACAGCAAGGUCAGGGCCACUGUGGCUCCCUUCCCCUCUUCCUCCUCCCACUCCUCCUCCUCUUCCUCCCUGGGACCUCCUCCUGGUAAGGCCUCUCGUCCGGCUCUGACACUCCUCAGUAGCAGCAGCAGUGGAAGCCGUCGGGCCCCGGCCCCUACUCGACAGGAGGAAGACGAUGAUGAUGACGACUCCGUGGUAAUACAGUAAGAAUGCUGGAGGGUGGGUGGAGGAAAGUGGGCCGAGAGAGCAAUAAAGUAACAGGGAGUAACAGAGAGGCGGUGUAGUGCAUCCUCAACAAGUCACUUCAAAGGGCUUUUCUAGUGAGCUGCAGUAUAGCUUAGUCAGCACACACACACACAUUUAGCUAAUCGGUCUCCAUUUUAAACUUUGUGAGUAAUUAAGCAGCUCAUAAAGGCUUUAAAGACUAUGUAAAGGAGGGAAAGACACACACUAAUUUGCACACAAACAUACACAACACACAAAGUCAUAAUGUGAACAUACACACUAUUCUGGGCUACACUCUGGGUGGUUACAGCUUCUUUUGAUACUUCAAUUCAUCUCUAUUCUCACCACAGGAACAGUAUUAGCUAGAUCUGAGUUUAACAAGCCUCUGCGUGUGUGUGUGCGCGCGUGCGAGAGCGUGUGUGAGAUAGGAAAGUUUCGCUGCCAUCUGCAGAUUGCUGAGGCAGCAAAACUUCAAAAUCACACAGCGUGAACAAUGAAAAAGCGUGAGAAAAGAUGAACAGGAGGGAAACAGCAGGACAAUGGAAGCCUGGAAGAGUCAAAAAAUGGAGGGAAGGAACAGAAAGUAAUAAGAAAUGUCAAAAAAGAACAAAGGGUGGGUGGUGUGGGAGAUCAGAGGGAGAUUAAAGGAUGUAUAAAAAGCACUGUCUCCGUGUUACACACAUCAACAUAAAAAAAUCUAGAAAACAGACAGAAACCAGCUACAAAAUUAUGAUUCAGGAAUAAUAAAGCAGACAUACUGCAGCUAUAGUACAUACUGAUUUUUGGACAAACACACACAUAUGCACAUUCCAUUUCCAUUUUGCCCUUAAGCCCCGCUCUGAACACAGCUUCACUGUUUUAAUGAGACGGAGAAUAAAGCAGCAGACAGAGGGGCCUCUCUGCUCUCCUUCACCCUCACAGCUCUCUCUCUCUCUGGGGGUUGAAAGGCAGCGUGGGGGGGGUGGAAGGAGAACGGAGACGAGAGAUAACUGAUUUUAAAAAACUGCAGUAAAGUAGUGAAUAUGAACAUUUUUCCACACCAAAAGGUUUGCGUUGAAGAAAAAUUUCCAUUGUGUGUUUGAGAUUUUGAGAGGGGUUGAUUCGAGUUCAUGCAGUGACAUCACUAUAUUACAUUCACACACAUUUAAUUGAUGAUUCAUGCUCAUACGCACAUAUUGGUCAGUUAGACACAUCCAUCGUCAAUAUUAUUAAUGUAUUCCUCGUCAAGGAGCUUUGUCAUCCACACAUGCACACACUCACACACAGGCUUAAUAAGUCUACCGCCAUUCCACCCCCUUGUUGAACCUUAUAACAUUAGGGACUACCCAGUGGCAAAUUACUUGUCCUGUGAUGUCACAGGACUUCCGCAUUCACGAAUUGCAUCCACAAUGAUCCUUUUGUCUCUGAAGAGAAUUUGACCAGACCGCCAAAACUACCCACUGACAUUUUACCCACUUCUCUCUCGCUCUUUCCGUCCUUUCCAUUUUUUUAAUCCUCACAAGCUCAGAGAAAAGUGUUUGAAUUUCAUACAUUUGUUCAAAUAGAACAACAGCAGCCUCUCUGUCCCCCAAAAGGUCAAAAAGCUGAAGCCAAAGUUCCUCUGUUGAACCCGGACGUCAUCAGCCACACUCCUCAUUAAAUGUCACAGCUGUUAAAGAUUAAUGAACAAAAGUGUCCCUAUUUGUGUUUGCAAAUUCAUUCAAUUUGACAGAAUUUAACAGAAAGUCUCUCGCUAGUCAGGAGAUUUUUCAGGUUUUGACAAGUUUUUGACCCAUAGCAACUGUUCUUUGUUCAUUGUUGUUUUUUUUCCACCACACAAACAUCCUUAUCUCACAGCUUUCAUGUUCUGUGUGUUGACUGUUUUUAAUCUAAUUUAUUAUCUGAGCUGCAGGAAAUUGACAUGGAUCGAUGUCAUUUGUUCACUCUGUAAAUUCAUGACAGUUGCCGAUAUUUCAGCUGUUGUCUACAUGUAUAUAUAUAUAUAUUUAUAUUUAUAUAUAUAUAUAUAUAUAUAUUUCUUGACCUUCUCUCAGAUUUGUAUUUUUUACACUGUUUGUGAACUGUGAGUUAAUAAAUUGUCCUAAAGUAACAUUAUUAUGGUAACCUUUCUGUGAGGUAAAGUAGCCUGAGCCCCUUUAUGAACUGUAAAUUCAUAAACAGGAUUAUUAUGAUAACUAUAACCACCUUUAACCUUUUUCCACCUACCGUUCCACCCGCAGCACUAUGUAGCACUGACACAGGCUAGUGCUAUGAAAUGGAACAUGAACAUUAACACGUAAAGUCUCUUUUUGGAAGGGCAGCAUAUUUGUGGUCUCUUGCAGGUUAAAUAUGUGGAGACAUUGCAUUGGUUUCAGCAGGUGUCGGUCUCCAUGUUGUUAAGCCAUGCUUGUUGUGUUUUUAAUGCAGUGUGCUACUUUGGUUAACAGUAUUACAAGUUAACCUAAUUCAUAUAUUAGCAAUGGUGGUUAUGUGAAUUGGGACAUUAGAAAUUGCUCUAGGAAGAUAAUCACAUCGAAACAAAGUUGUGAGUCCAAACAAUAUAUUUUGUCCAACAGCGUAGUUCAAAUAAAGUAAAAAUAUGAAUGAAUAAUUAGCAGAGAAUGAGAGGGGAGAAAAUGGACCCCUGCGGAAAAAUCAAGUACCCAUGCAGUUACUUUCGUCUGGCGCUUGGACUGCAUGAGACGCUCAUCUUUUUGGUCAAUGUGCUCAUUUUGUCUCCUACUUUUUAAGUUUUGAUUCACCGUUUCCUGACGGUGGAGAGGUGACCUUUCACUGCAUCAUUUUGCAGACAGUGAAUACAUAUCUAUGUAUCUCAGUCAGCACGGACAGGACACUCCUCUUCUAUGGUUCCACUUUUGCUGAUGAGCUCUGUAUUUUUGUACAUUUGAACUUGGCUUCCUGUUUCUUGAAACUUUUAUCCAGUUUACUACAAUAUUUCAGAAGGGUUAUUUUGUGCAUUUUUUCCUUUCAGAUCUUUUGUGGCCGUCUGCCUGGAUUAAAGUGCAAUAGUAUUUAUUCUAUGUCUCAUCGGUUUCUAUAUCUGAGUCAGGAUAAUAUUAGUGCUGUGACUUCCCGCUUUAUUCUCAUUGUACCAUUUCCUUUGCUGCAACCUGCAUAACAGAAAAGAACUCUGUCAGACUCUCUAUCUGUCUCACAAACUCUAAUACACUGUCUCUUUCCUGUAAUUGUCUUUACUGGCCACAGUGACAGCACAGGACUCUAAUAUACAUGAAGACAAACAGAGCAGAACCACAAGGGUCACAAUUCAUAUAAGGGUUACAGGCAGAGAUCAUAAACUACUAUAUCUCAAGCAGAGCUGGGUGAGAAUAGAAAGAGGAAGUGCAUCUUUGUGAGGAGGAAGUGAGGAGGUGAAGGCAGGAGGCUACAGGACCUGCACUAUAACACAAAUCUGAAAGGUCAGUACUCCUACGCAGCUCUAGAAAGUCCAGAAAAGUCUGGAAAUCUGAGACAAAAUCAUGAACAUAAAUCACACUAAAAUUACAUCAUCCAAUCACCAAAUCUGGUCAAGAAAUUAAGCUCUGAAAAAGUAUGGAAUUAUACACUUAGGGUUUCCGUGCUCCGGUGCUAUUUGCAGUUAUGUAAAUUUGGUAAUAUGCAUACAUUUGGCACAAAAUUGGCCCAUUUCUAUACAAAUGAGCCUCAUUGUAAAAAAAGUCCAAUUCACAAACACCAGCGCUAAUAGCCACACGCAGUUAGAGUGAAAUUAUUAGCAUCUUUU